GCCGAACAACCAUAGCGCAGAAGAAGAAACGGAAUCGUGUCACGUUAGCAGACAUCUGAAUAGGGAUGACAUCCCUGCAGAAACAGUGCUAAAGCUCCAGGUGCACAUUAAAAACGAAACACACCGAAAUGCGCCGUCUGGGCUCAGUUCAGCAGAAGAUCGCGUGUGUUUUUCAGACGGAAGUGAAGGAAGAACAGUCCCGGAAGCGCGACUGUCAGCAGUUUCAGGUUGUUGCCACUGAAAACGUGAACCCAGUAGCCCUGGAGGCGAACGUCCAUUGCGCCCUCGCCACAGAGAAACUCGACGGGACAUGCUGCUAUGUUACGGUUUACAAAGGGCAGCCUUACCUGUGGGCUCGGCUCGACAGGAAACCCACCAAACAGGCCGAGAAGAGGUUCAAAAAGUAUCAGCACUCUCACAGGAGCAGUAAAGGUUUCACGUGGAGCGUCGAGGAAGAUUUUAAGACGGUGCCAGAGACGUGGACCCCGGCCCACCGAGUCAAACACCAGAACGGCCACCCAGUACCUGACGAGCACGGGCACAUCCCAGGCUGGGUCCCGGUGGAGAAGGACAACAAACAGUACUGCUGGCACUCUGCCGUGGUGGAUCACGAAGCCGGGGCGGCUCUUGUUCUCAGGCCCAGCGCUGACGAUGAAGACGUGCUUGAAAUCGCAGCGGUUCCUCUGGCACACCUCAUGGAACAAACACUGGAGCUCAUUGGAACCAACAUCAAUGGAAACCCCUAUGGCCUGGGGAGUAAGAAGCAGCCCGUCCACUGCCUGGUGUCACACGGCAGUGUCCGAAUCAGAGACCCUCCGCCGGUGGACUUCCAGCAGCUGCGCUCCUGGUUCCAGGAGAGUCCGGAGGGCCGAGUCGAGGGCAUCGUCUGGCACUGCAACGAUGGCACACUCGUGAAGGUUCAUCGUCAUCACCUGGGGCUGAGGUGGCCAGACGGGGGAACGAGCCUGGCCGACAGGUCGGUCGUCGUCCACGUUGACGGGACGACUGGUGAAUACGACGACAGCAGGGACUUGUUCACGCGUGUCUCCACACUAAGCGGACGGCGUUUCAGCCGACUGCGGGACAUCCAGUUUGACUCGUGAAACACGGGAGGAAAAUCGGGCCUUCCGGUUCCUGAAGCUCGAGCUGUGACCCUUUAAGGAUUCAUCAGUUCGGCGACAGCUGCCACAUAUUUCCUCCAGUAAUCCCAGACGAGUACGAGUCUUACAGCCGGUGACAUUUGCUUUGCAGAAAAGUGUAAAGAAUGACUGACCAACGAGACAUUUUUGACUAAAGCUGUUACAGUUGUUCCAUUAGCAAACUGUAAAUACGGCAGGUUACUGCUGAACAA